AGUUUUCAAUUAAGAAGCUUUACAUUUUUCUUUGUUCUGCUUCAAAAACUUCCCUUUUUUUUUUUUUUUGCCUACAAUGGAGAGUUAUUCCCUACAGUCAUCAGCCAUUUCAACAGUACCCUCCUCUCUGCCAAGAAGUGGGUUCAUUGAGAAACCUCUUGGUUAUGGUCGAGUUUUCAAGCUUCCCAGUUGUAAAAGAUCAUACCCACAUGUCAGAAAGCUCAAAUGCUUUGAUUUGAGAGCUCAAGCUUCAGGCACAAUAAAAAUCAGUUCAGAGGUGGCUGGAAAAAUUUCAAACAAAGCAGAUUCCAAAGAUGAGGAUCUUGCUUUUGUUGCUGGUGCAACGGGCAGGGUAGGCUCUCGAACAGUAAGGGAGCUUUUGAAACUUGGUUUUCGAGUUAGAGCUGGAGUUAGGAGUGCUCAGAAAGCAGAAUCUCUUGUGCAGAGUGUCAAGCAGAUGAAGCUCGACCCUGAAGGAACUACACCUGUAGAAAAGCUUGAAAUUGUGGAAUGUGAUUUGGAGAAACAAGAUACAAUUGCACCAGCCAUAGGCAAUGCAUCAGUGGUCAUAUGCUGCAUUGGUGCCAGUGAGAAGGAAGUUUUUGACAUUACAGGGCCUUAUCGGAUUGACUACCAAGCUACAAAGAAUCUAAUUGAUGCAGCAAUUGAGGCAAAAGUUAACCACUUUAUUAUGGUUUCAUCUUUGGGAACAAAUAAAGUUGGAUUUCCUGCUGCUAUUCUCAAUUUAUUUUGGGGGGUCCUGAUCUGGAAGAGGAAGGCAGAAGAAGCACUCACUGCCAGUGGUCUUCCUUACACUAUAGUCAGACCGGGGGGAAUGGAGCGUCCCACUGAUGCUUUCAAGGAAACUCAUAAUAUCACCCUCUCUGCUGAAGAUACUUUAUUUGGUGGUCUGGUGUCUAAUCUUCAGGUGGCUGAACUCAUGGCAUGCAUGGCCAAAAACCGUAGCCUUUCAUUCUGUAAGGUGGUGGAAGUCGUUGCAGAAACAACUUCUCCAUUGAGACCUAUGGAGGAACUUCUUGCAAAGAUACCAUCUCAGCGUGCUGACAUUUACUCUGAGGAAUCUGAUACACCCGUUAAGCCUGAUCCAGCACCUGUUAAGAGCAUUGUAACUGAGAAACCAACAACUCCUAUUGAGAAGGAACCCGCACAAGAAAAGGCUGUGGAAACAAGGCCACUCUCUCCCUAUGCUGCCUAUGAGGACCUGAAGCCACCUAGCUCUCCUAGUCCAACACCAAGUGGACCCAAAGAAGUAAGUUCCAGUGCCUCAACACCAGUAGAAAUUGUCUCAACUUCCACUGAAGGCAACAGUGCUCCAACAGCUGCUAAGAGCAUCAUAAUUGAGAAACCAACUACUCCCACUGAGAUGGAACCUGCACAAGAAAAAGCUGUGGAAACAAGGCCACUCUCUCCCUAUGCUGCAUACGGUGAUCUUAAGCCCCCUUCAUCACCAUCUCCUGCAGCACCUAUAACAGCAGCUGUGGACAGUGGGUCCCAAGGUUCUACGUUGUCAGUGAACAGCACAGCUCAGUCUUCAAUAGCAGAUAAACCAAUUGAUAAACAGCAUAAUGCCGGACCAACAUGCACACCACUUUCUCCUUUUACAAUGUAUGAGGACUUGAAGCCUCCAACAUCGCCAAUACCAUCCCCAAGGAAAUUUUAAGAGAACCAAAACUGCUACUUAGUCCGACAAGAACCAUGAAAGCAAACUGGAAUUCACCACUUUAAUUAUGUGAAGAGGCAAGCAAUUUAACCUGCGGCAGUAUUUUAUGGAAAUUUCUUGUUAUACGAUGCUGAGAUUGUGACUAUAUGCAUUUGUUCCAUUCCUGCUUCAUCAAUACUUUUGGAGAUUAUUUGAUACAUUUGUACCGUUGAUACAUUUGUACUGGUGCUUUUAAAGCAGAAAGCGCAAUAAAUCCAAUUUGAAUGUAUUUAUAUAAGAAUGUCUUGAGUCAGAUAUUUUCUAACUUCAAACCUUCUCCUUUUUCUACCUCCUUUUUCUGCAUGAAGCAAGUUAAAGACCAGAAAACCUCAAAGAAAACACACACAGAUGCACCUUCCCAUUUAAUGCCUUCUUUGUCUUUUUUUAGAAGGAUAAUGGGAGCAGGUCUUGGGAAGAUUUGUGGACACUAUUUGAAGCGGUGAAAUUGCAUUUUUGAUCAGGGAUUGAUGUAUUGGAUGAAUGAAUAAAAUUUCAUUAAGCCGGUAAGAACAAACCAUUAGAAGCAAUCCCAAGGAAAGGUGUGAAACAACACCUAAGAGGAUAAGCAGUCUAAACUGUAACAUUCUCAUUCAUCAAAUAAAAUAG